AUGAUCCCGACGCCACUUGAGAAAGAGAGAUUGACUCGAAUCACUCACUCAAAAGUCCGGACAGGCUGCUUAACAUGCCGCUCGCGUCACAUCAAAUGCGACGAAGGUCGGCCGGUCUGUGCGUUGUGUCGCAAGAGCGGACUGGAAUGUGAAUAUCGGCAGACUCUCGACAGACGGACUCGGGCUUCUCGCAUGGCCAGGAACUCUGCUGUGGAGGCUACCCAGGUUGCUCCUAUUUCCCACGAGCUGACUCCGCGCGUCCUGGCCCGCCAAGUGGAUCUCACCUGGAAAGAACGAUAUUUCCUGGACUUUUUCCGACGCAGCACUUCUUUGACAUGUGCAGGAUACCUCUACGAUGAGUUCUGGGAACGCUUGGUACACCAAGCGAGUGAAGAUUACCCCGCCAUUCGUCACGCCGUGAUUGGGAUGGGAUGUUUGAGCUAUCAUUUCACCCAGUCGGGAUCACGCCAGAUGCGGCUGAUGAGCGGUCAACCACUGUUGAUCGACCCUUUCCCACUGCAACAGAUCAAUAAAGCCAUUGUAUCUCUUCAGCAAAACCUGAGCAACAAGAACACAGGUCGCCUUCAAGUGGAGGCUGCUUUGAUCGCCUGUGUGGUCUUAGUAUCGACGCUCCUAUUUCAAGAAGAUUCCGCGUUGGCUGGUCGCCAUCUGUGGUCCGGUUAUAUGCUACUAGACCAAUACCUGACCAAGAAUGGCAACAAGAGCCUGAUUGCUGCCACAAUCACGAGAGCGUUUGCUGGAAUUCAUCUGGUGUGGUCGCUUUUCACUGGUACUGGGUCUCAGACAGAGGAGCCUCUUCCGCUUCUGGUGCCUGAAGCAUUCGAAGACGUCAAAGAUGACAUACAGAAAUCGAAUGACCUCCUCGUCACAAUCGCACGCAUAUCUUCGAGGCAGAGCUGGUUCAAAGGCUUUAAUCCGAAUCCCACGCCCGACCUCGACAUUGAUCGAAAUGCAUUCAUGAAUCAGGUUGCUAGCAUGCCGAGUCUCAUUAAAUCACACCGUGCUUUACAUGCAAACCAAUUGGCAACGCCCCGAUAUCUCAGCUCAUUGGCACUUUUGGAACUAUGGGCCUCGAUCUUCGCCUUGGUAGGGACAGUUGAGUCAGGCCCCGAGCCAAGAGAUAUGGCAUAUGAUGGGUAUACAGAGCAGUUCGCACAUGUACUUGAAGUUGCGAAAGAGACUUUGUUGUACGACACACCGGUCCCGACCUUCUCAGUCAAUAUCGGAAUAACUGCCCCCCUGGGUCUGGUCAUCCUCAAAUGCCGUGACUGGGCCAUCCGUCGCGAAGCUAUUGCAUUGCUACGUGGGUCGCGUAGACAGGAGGGAAUCUGGUCUACCGACUUUGUCGCCUCUGUGACCGAGCGGUUCACCCAAAUUGAAUCCAAGGGGUUGGGCCCAGGGGAUGUGAUUCCCGAGUCCUCUCGUGUCAAGUCAAUCCGCGUUGAUUCUAUGCCAGCCCAGUGUCAAGUUCGGAUAUGGUAUCAUUUCGUUCGGGAUUGUCCCGGGUAUGAUUGCCAACAUGUCGAACCAUGGGAACACGAGUUGCUGUCAUAUGCAUCGGGCAGCCUUGAGGUCCUCGAGGCCAGUCGAGAUAUGUAA